AUGUCAGCGAUAGAGAAUACUCUGCAGUCAAUCCAAGACCAGCUCGAGUCGAUCCCGUUUUACGACGACCUGGUGGACAAGUGGAACGACCUGGCCGGGGACAAAAUCAAGACCAAAGACCCGUUUGUCGAGACGCUGCCGGACGGCUCGACGCGCAAACUCAAGCUCCCGAAAAACGCACCAAAGGAGCAGAAAAAGGCAUGGAAACGAAUACAACGAAGAGCAUGGAUCGACGACAAGUGUUUCCUUGGAUGCUAUCCAAUAGACUGUGGAAUAGGCUUGGGGCCCAUUCUGGUGAUGCUUCCGGGAAUUGGCCCGCUGCUGAUGUAUGCCAUACACGCCCGGCUGAUCCACAUGGCUAGCCAGGCGUUCGAUAUCGAUCCCGCUACGUACUCAAAAAUGCAGGCCAAUAUAUUGUUUGAUCUGCUCAUCUCAUUGCCGCCCCUGAUUGGCUCUUUCUUUGCAUGGAUGAACGGCUGCUCUACGCGAAACGCAGCGAUUGUCCACACCCGCGUUCGAAAACUACUGGCUAUUCAAGAGCAACAGCAACAGCAACAGCAACGUCCUGACCAUCUGCAACGGCCCGCACCGGCGGCCACUUCAGCUCCCAACCCGCCGCCACUGCCACCGAAAACAGCUACAACACGGGAUCCCCAAGCGGCGGUGGUAACGCGAAGAUAA